CUAUUGGCUGCCUAGUGUAAGCGCGUUGGUGAUUGGCCUAUUGUUGAGAGUGGUUCUCGCUGAUUGGCUAGUGAGUGUGGCGUUGUCAUGGCGGCUCUCCGCGGUGUGUCUCGGCUUGUGGUUGCUGUCAGUAAGGCUCCAGUAAGAUGGGCUCCCCGGGCGGCGUGCCGGGUCUACUCAGUCAGUCACCUCAGUGUGCCGGAGCGGAUAGAGAAAAAACGGAGAGAAGCGCUGCUGGGCGGAGGAGAACAGCGGAUAGAGGCUCAGCACCGGCGGGUGAGAGCUGGAGAGGGCUGGGGCUUCGUGGGCUUGGCAGUGACAUUGGGAGUAACUGAGAGUAACAGGGGGUAACUGGGAGUACCUGGGGAAACUGGGAGUAACAGGGGGUAACUGGGAGUACCUGGGGAAACUGGGAGUACCUGGAGGUAACUGGGAGUACCUGGAGGUAACUGGGAGUACCUGGGGGUAACUGGGGAAACUGGGAGUAACUGGGGAAACUGGGAGUAACUGGGGAAACUGGGAGUAACUGGGGAAACUGGGAGUAACUGGGGAAACUGGGAGUAACAGGGGGUAACUGGGAGUACCUGGAGGUAACUGGGAGUACCUGGGGGUAACUGGGGAAACUGGGAGUAACUGGGGAAACUGGGAGUAACUGGGGAAACUGGGAGUAACAGGGGGUAACUGGGAGUACCUGGGGGUAACUGGGAGUACCUGGGGAAACUGGGAGUAACUGGGAGUACCUGGGGGUAACUGGGAGUACCUGGGGGUAACUGGGAGUAACAGGGGGUAACUGGGAGUAACAGGGGGUAACUGGGAGUAACAAGGGGUAACUGGGAGUAACAAGGGGUAACUGGGAGUAACAAGGGGUAACUGGGAGUAACAAGGGGUAACUGGGAGUAACAAGGGGUAACUGGGAGUAACAAGGGGUAACUGGGAGUAACUGGGAGGCUUGGUAACAUUGGGGGUCUUGGUGGGAGGCUUGGUGACAUUGGAGGUCUUGGUGGUGAGAGGCUUGGUGAUAUUAGGAGUCUUGGUGGUAAGUGGGAGGCUUGGUGACAUUGGGGGUCUUGGUGGUAACUGGGAAGAUUGGUGACAUUGGGGGUCUUGGUGGUAACUGGGAAGAUUGGUGACAUUGGGGGUCUUGGUGGUAACUGGGAAGAUUGGUGACAUUGGGGGGUCUUGGUGGUAACUGGGAAGAUUGGUGACAUUGGGGGGUCUUGGUGGUAACUGGGAAGAUUGGUGACAUUGGGGGGUCUUGGUAAGUGAGAGGCUUGGUGACAUUGGGGGUCUUGGUAAGUGAGAGUCUUGGUGGUAACUGGGAGGCUUGGUGACAUUUGGGGUCUUGGUGAUAAGUGAGAGGCUUGGUAACAUUGGGGGUCUUGGUAUGCUGGAGGCUUGGUGACAUUGAGGGUAUUGGUGGUAAGUGUAAAGCUUGGUGACUUUGGGGGUCUUGGUGGUAAGUGAGAAGUUUGGUGACAUUGGGGGUCUUGGUGAUAACUGGGAGGUUUGGUGACAUUGGGGGUCUUGGUGGUAAGUGAGAGGCUUGGUGACAUUGGGGGUCUUGGUAACUGGGAAGAUUGGUGACAUUGGGGGUCUUGGUGGUAACUGGGAAGAUUGGUGACAUUGGGGGUCUUGGUGAUGAGAGGCUUGGUGACAUUGGAGGUCUUGGUAACUGGGAAGAUUGGUAACAUUGGGGGUCUUGGUGGUAUGUUGGAGGCUUGGUGAUAUUGGGGGUCUUGGUGAUAACUGUGUGGCUCAGAAGUUUUACAUACUAUCUCCAUGAUACUAAAAUGGUGAUCUAUUCUUGUAUGUUUUACUAAAGGCUUAGAGAGAGAUUGGAAUGCCCCUUGCGUAUAUGCCCUAUCAGAUAUGCUCAAAGUAUUUGACAGAUUAGUCUUUUUACGAAUACUCUUUUAUUAUUCAAAAUACCUUGUUUUCAAUAGCUACUUAAAACAAAGGUAUUCAAUCCAGCAAUAAAUAACCGUAGAGUUUGGGCUUAACCCCUUAACACUGAAGAAAUUGUCCAAGUUGUAAAGCAAAACAAAACUUAAAAUUUACUCUGUUUGUUCAACCGUAAUUAAAAGGACAGGCAUCAGUUUGAGACAACUGUGAAACCAUUGCCUCACUCUGCAAGCUGAAUUUUUAUUUUAUUUUUAAUUUCAUUUGUAUCUGCUUCUUUCUUUUGCUUUCCACACCCACUCCAUGGGUGGCACUGAUUUAACCAAUCUGUGUCCUAUCCCAGGGAAUGUUGGAGACGUACAUUGGGCAUGCCUGAAAUAUUUACACAUGUGCAGUUAGGCAAUUUCUUCACCUUGCAACAUUCUUAGAGGGAGAUCAGUGGGAGGGCUCAGUCAUGUUUAUCUUUCCUGUUGCACAGUGAUGCCUUGUUUGUAUCAUUAGUGAAAUGGUCUGAAACUGAAAAAAAUAUAAAUGUUUAUUAAAUCUUUACUUUGCAUUGAAAUGGUUUAACUCUAAAUGGAGGGACACUGCCAGUGAAAUACAAGCACUGUGACCAAUUGAAUGAGUUGAAAACAGUUCUAGUCCCUAUAGCAGUGAUGGCUAACCUUGACACCAUAAAUUGUAUCUGGACUACAUUUCCCAUGAUGCUCAGCUAGCUUUUAGACUCUAAAAGCUAGCUGAGCAUCAUUAGAAAAGUGGUCCAGAUACAAUUUAUGGUGUCAAGGUUAGCCAUCACUGCCCUAUAGUGUCCCUGUUAAAGGACCACUAUAGGCACCCAGACCACUUCAGCUCUAUGAAGUGGUCUGGGUGCCAGGUCCAUCUAGGGUUAACCCUGACUGCUGCUAUGUUUACGUAUGGGUUAAUCCAGCCUCUAGUGGCUGUCUCAUUGACAGCCGCUAGAUGCACUUCCGCGCUUCUCACUGUGAAAAUCACAUUGAGAAGACGCCAGCGUCCAUAGGAAAGCAUUGAGAAAUGCUUUCCCAUGGACUGACUGCGCGUGCGGCUCUGGCCGCGCAUGCGCAUUCAGCUGAUGACGUCGGAAGGAGGAGGAGAGUACCCAGCGCCGAGGGAGCCCGGUGCUGGAGAAAGGUAAGAUAUUAACCCCUUCCUCCCCAUUCAACCUGGCGGGAGGGGGGCCAUGAGGGUGGGGGGGGACCUAUUAACACUAUAGUACCAGUAUAGUAAUGGCACUAUAGUGGUCCUUUUAAGGUUGUUAGUUUACAUCACUAUUAAAUAAUUAACACUCUGUUACUGAAGUUGGAGGUGAAAGGGCUUGUUUUAAAAAAGUAAAGGUGCAGUGGUUCGUUUAUGUUGGUAGAGGUGAAUGAGCCAUUAAAGUAACAUUUAUUGGUGAAGCAAUAUAACUGAGAAACAUUGCUAUUAGCAUGUACAUUUUUUAAAAAUGUGUUCAUUUUACCAGAGGUGGACUGCAGUACACUUGAUCUCAAUAAGCAUCCUGGACUAGACAAUUUUAGGUAUUACAAAAUCUGACUACAUUUCCUAAUCUUAGAUUUCAUGAGUCUCAAAGAUGUGGCUAGAAUAACAGGUGGAAAUUCUAAAAGUACAAUGAAACUUGUAAAGUCUUGCUAAGUUUGGCAUUACGAAAUUAGUGCACCGUAUGGUGUUCUAGCUGGUUAAGGGAUAGAAACAUGUUUGUAUAAAAUGAUUUUGGUUUUAAUUUAGACAUUAUCUGUAAUUGUUGAUAAUUAAAUUGCUUUAGUUAAAAAUAUUUUACUGCACUGAUAAAACAGCAGGGAAAAGACUAACUAGGCCUUUGUAUCAUGUUGUUAAAAUCGUUAAUGUGUUAUAUAUUACAAAUUAUAAUGUUGCGUAAUUUUAAUCUAAAAUGAUCUGUUUUACCAUAGGGAAAGUUAACUGCUCGUGAGAGGAUAAGUCUGCUGCUGGAUCCUGGAAGCUUUGCAGAAUAUGAUAUGUUUGUGGAGCACAGGUGCGCAGAUUUUGGGAUGCAGGAAGACAAAAACAAGGUGCCAUCUUCUCCUUCCCCUUUUAUCAAACUGGACUAUUAAACUUGCCCUAUUUCACCUAAAUUUUUUUAAAAAUCGUCUGUAUAACCGCAUGAUUGUCUGCAUGCCCAUGCUAUUUCUUCAUGUCUGAAUUAAAUCCAAUGCAAAGCAUGAACAGAGGUUUCACUUUAUCUUGUACUUUAUGACACUGAAUGUGAAGACCUUUGAAAGCCAAUGUAUGGACAGGAUCUAUGCACCAAAACCACUUUAACUUUAACGUAAGGUGUUAAUGCCUACAUAUGAACACAGCAUUCUCUUUUGCUAUUCAUUUCACUAUCAAUAUGGGAUAUAGGUAAUGUGCUGCACCUUCAUGUUCCUUUUUUUUUUUUUUUUUAAGUUAAUUGUUAUAUAGAGUCAGAACUUGCCAAAUAAAAUUAUACUCCAUGCUGGAGUUGACCCACACCCAGCAUUUAGCCAUUUGAAGCUGCACUUCACAUUUUUUUUUUUUUUUUUUAAAUUUCUGUUGCUAAAUAAAUCUACAAGCUACUAUUAAAUUGACACUAUAGUAAUCUAGACCACUCCAUCUUCUUCUUUUUCUAAACAAACUACAGUGUUUAUAUUGCAAGGUUAAGUCCACCGCUAGUGGCUGUUCGAUAGCCACUAGAGGCGCUUCUGCUGCACUGACCAAAUAGGACAAGUUUUGAACACGGUACACAUUUGGUGUUUGCUGUACAUGCGCAUUAGGUGCCUAGUGCUCCUCUACGAGGAGCAUUGGAUUGGACCACACAGAGAAGGCCGUACCUUAUUUAUGACAUGGGAGGCAGAGGGGUGAGCAGCUGUGAGGGAACCUUAGUGCUGGAAAAAGGUAAGUAAGUUUGUUAUAUUUUUCUAUUGCUGGCGGGGGGGCAUUAUAGGAUUAGGAAUACAGAUUUGUAUUCCUAAUGCUAUAGUGAUCCUUUAAAAACCAGUGUUUAAGAGUUUUAAAAUUUAUUUAUAGAAUUAACGCUUUCAUAGGUUGUAAAAGUAGCAAAACAAGGUGAUAACAAUGUUUUCCACUCCAAUAUUUCUACAAUAUUUUUGUUUUUUUUGUUUAAAUAUAAUAUUACACAUUAAUAUUACACAUUACUUUUAGUAACACAAACUUGGUCACAAACGCCUUCGCAUUAUUCUGUUGUACUUCCAUUUGUAUACCAUAGACAGACUUCAAAAAAAUCUGUAAUGUUAGACAACCUGUAGAACUAACUGUGUCUGCAUGUGCAGUUACAGGAAAGUUGCAUCUGAAAACUACUACUGUAACAUUGGAAAUGUUUGCCAAGGUGACUUAUUUUCAUGGACUGAUUUUAGAGUUAUGGUAGCUGCUUGGAGGGAUAGGCUAAGCACCAAUUCAACUUGGGCUUAUUGAAGCAGUUAUGGUGUAUAGAUCAUGCCUCUGCAGUCUCACUUUUCAAUUCUUUGCCAUUUAGGCAUAACGGAAGUGUAAACAUUAGAUUACUCUUUACAGGAAAUGUUUAGGAAGGCUGUGUAAGUCACAUGCAGGGAGGUGUGACUAGAUUUGUAUAAACAAAUUGAUUUAAGUCCUAAAUGGUAGAAAAUUGAGCAGUGAGACUGCAGGGGCAUGUUCUAUACACCAAAACUGCUUCAUUAAGCUCAAGUUGCAUUGGUGCUUAGUGUUCCUUUAAGGGAACACUGUAACAUUAGGAAUACAAUUGUGUUUUCCUAACGAUACAGUGCCCUAAUCCUCCACACCCAGAACGAGUGUUGAAAGUUACCUUCUUGAGAGUUAACUACACCUUCCAAGACCGACUCUGCCUCUUUUGCUCAGAUCAUCGAGAUCGAUGAUCUCAGCCUAUCCAAUGCUUUCCCAUCGGAAUGCACUAGGAGGCUAGUUCACAUAUGCAGAAAAACGCUGGCUGCACCAGUCAGAUGAUCUCUCUGAGACCAUCUGAUUAAAACAGUGGAGCUUUACUUCACUAUUUCGUGAAAACCCCUCUAGUGGUUGUUAUAUAGACAGCCACUAGAGUCAAGUUAACCCUGCAAGUAAAACAUUGCCAUUACUGUAGAACGGCAAUGUUUUCAGCUGCAUGUUUAACACACGGGUACAUGACACCCACACCACUUCAAUAAGAUGGAAGAAGUGGUCUGGGUACCUGUAGUGUUCCUUUAAUGUUUAAAGGAAUGUACCUCUAUAUGAUGAGAAAUGUAAUCUUUCUGUUCUACUAAACUAGUCUUGUUAAACAUUUGGAUAAAGUGUAAUGUUUUUAUAUAUUUAUGAUGAUUCUUUUACCAGUAUCCUGGAGACAGUGUGGUUACAGGGCAAGGCCGGAUCAAUGGAAGACUCGUCUACAUCUUCAGCCAGGUAACUGUGGAUGCGGUGGAGUUUACUCAGUCGCAGAAUAAGAAGCAUUGUGUACAGUUAACGAUGAAGUGUUUUUCAUGUUUGAACAUUCUGGGAUAUAUCUCUUUUUAUUUCUGUAUCUACCUUUAAAUGUGGCUAUUUCAGGUUCUCCUUAAGAGAAUGGAAGUGUAACUUCACAGAGAAGUAGUGAAUUAAUGUAUUUUCUUUAAUUCCUUGCAGGAUUUCACUGUGUUUGGAGGCAGCUUGUCUGGCGCUCAUGCACAAAAAAUAUGCAAGGUAAAUAUCAUAAACAGGGGUUAAUUUAAUAAAGGGAUAAACAAGGGUAGGGUUUUACCAUAUGGGAACCCCUUUGUGAGAAAUAAUGGGUCAGAUCCUCUUCAUUGUGGACAUUUUGCCAAGAAUUUGGUAGUUUACAUUCUCUUCCUGUCAGGUUUAUGGUGUCUAUCUGUGGGAGGAAACAUGCUCCACGUGCUGGAGUUGUGAGGUUUUGGAGUCCAUAAAGUAUACAACAUAUUAAUAUCUAGAGGCAAAUAAACAGUGCUGCCUCCAGUUGGAAUUUAAUUUGCACAUCCUAAAUAAAGUCCUAUAUUGUCUGACUUCACUUGGCUGACGUUUUUAACGGUGUUUUGUAAAUGGGAAACUUUCAUGGUUACACAAAUGUUUAUCAAGCAGGUACCACAUUCUGUUUCUAACAACUCUAAAUCUACCUUUCAGGGCUCACACAUGCUUUUAAAGCAUGGUUGAAUAUGUUCCUAACAUGUCUUUAUUUCCCUAGGUCAUGGACCAGGCUGUUUUGGUGGGAGCCCCUGUAAUUGGACUUAAUGACUCAGGAGGAGCUCGCAUCCAGGAGGGUGUGGAAUCCUUGGCUGGAUAUGCUGAUAUCUUUUUGGUGAGUGGAUAGCAUUUACCCAACACCCUAAUGGGAAUGCCUACAAUCUUAUAGGUAUAGCCAAACAUCAUCAUCAACAAUUUCUCUGGAGAUUACUGUAGUAUAAUAAAUUAAAGGACUUUUUUUUUUUUUUUUUUAAAGUUUAUAUUAUAGUAGUACUGGUUUUCUGUUAGGAUUAUGUGAUUUGCUAAAUCCUUAAUAUAAAUUGAAAAGAAAACAGCAUUUUAUGAAAUUUUAUCAAGUUAUUUAUGUUUUUCUGUACUUUGUUCAGUGGUGAUUCACUGUUCCCUUUUACACUGUACUAUAGAUGAGCGGUUCCAAAAUAUCUUGGCAGUGAGUGGACACAUGUUUUAGGCUGAUGUUCUCACUUGAGAAACUGUGGAACAUGUUAAAUUUUGUUGUAUAAUUACCAAAAUGUAUUUAUUUUUUGAAUUGCCUUCUAUGAGACAUCAUUGAGUUUUCAGAUAUACUCUACACCUCAUAACAGAUCCAGUGCAGCACACCUUUGUGGGUGUGAUCCAUGUUUUUUGUCCUGCCUCCAUUUCAGAAGCCUGCCAUGGCUCCCCCACAUAUGGAACAGCCUGCGUUGAUGAAUGCCGCAGCAAAUAAUACCAGGUGUCAGAACAGCUUUAAGGCACACUAUAGUCACCAGAACAACUACAGCUUAAUGUAUUUGUUCUGGUGAGUAUACUCAUUACCUUCAUACAAGAGGCUACAUACAAGAGGCUCCUGCUGGGUCUAGCAAGCUAUUAACUGAGCAGGAGAUGAGAAAUUCUGAAUUUAACAUAAAGGAAGUGUAAACAUUAGCUGACUCUUUACAGAAAGUGUUUAGGAAGGCUGUGCAAGUCACAUGCAGGGAGGGGUGUCUAGGGUUGUAUAAACAAAGUGAUUUAACGCCUAAAUGGCCAGGAAUUGAGCAGUGAGACUGCAGGGGCAUGAUCUAUACAGCAAAACAGCAUAAUUAAGCUAAAGGUAUUCUGGUGACUAUAGUGUCCCUUUAAGCUGGUCUCAGACUAGGUUAGCUGUGAAAGUUUUUCUUUUUUGUUUGUUUUUCUUCAAAUGCAACCUGAUUCUCCCAUGUUGAAUACUUUAAGAUUACAACAAAACCCUUUCCAAAUGCAAAAUGUCUGUCUUUUCAGAGAAAUGUGGUGAAUUCAGGGGUUGUACCUCAGAUCAGUCUAAUUAUGGGACCGUGUGCUGGUGGUGCUGUUUACUCCCCAGCUCUGACGGAUUUCACAUUUAUGGUGAAGGUAAAUGGGUCUAAUAUACUUAAUUAUUCCUCAUAGCUGUAAUAAAAUGGAAACCGUUCACAAUGCCUACUUUUUAUUUAUUUUUUCUUCUCCUUAAUCCUUUAAAGACACGUGACAUAUUAUGAUUCCCUUUUAUUCCAGAAGUUUGGUCCUUAAGGAGUUAAAUCAAUUUUUUUUGCCCAUUAGACAUUUAUAUGUGCUUUGCACAGAUUCGUUGUAAACCUUAUAGUAUGGGCACAGGUAUUCAAAUAAUUAAACUGGUUUACAUCCACAGGAUACUUCCUAUCUUUUCAUAACUGGUCCAGAUGUGGUGAAAUCGGUUACAAAUGAAGAUGUCACCCAGGAAGAUCUGGGAGGAGCCAAGACUCACACAGCGCUAUCAGGUUACUAAUUAAUUAUGUAUGAAAAGAACAUUAUUUUAUUUGUGUUUAAUAUUUGUUUGGAUAAGCAUAAUGCUUGCCUUAUAUGAAAUUGCUUUGUCUGUUAUGGCAAAGCAUUAAUUACCUUCUGUUGUGACUUAAAGUUCAGAAAGUGGUUAAAGUGCUUCUUCAAUAUUAAAAGAAAUAAAACUGGAAUUGUCUAUACAGUGGAACCUUGGAACUCAAACUUAAUCCGUUCCAGAAGGCUGUUUGAGAACCGAGUUGUUCGAAAACCGAAGCCAAAUUUUCCAUAAGAAUUAAUGUAAAUUAGAUUAAUCCGUUCCAGACCUCCAAAAGUACAGCAUUUUAACACACAUUGUACAGUUUAAUAAUACCUUAAAUGCAUAAAAUAAUACAAAAAAAACUAAUAAACACAAUGUAAAUAAAAUGAAAAUGGAGCUCUGUUCGCUUUGUUUAGUGCUAGGAGGCCGAUGUGUCAUACCAUCGAGGUUAAUGCCUUGUGAUUUUGUUCUAAUACUGAGGCACUUUUUUUUUUUUUUUCUCAAAUAUUUACUUUGAAUACCGAAUUGUUUGAGUAUGGGAGCAUUCCAGAACCGAGGUUCCACUGUAUAUGAUUAUUUAUAGACAUGUGCAAUUUGUUUCAUUCCGAAUGGCAAUUCGGAAACUUCAGAAUGUCUGAAUAGCUGAGUUGCCGAAAUGUCAAAUUUCGGAGUUUAGGGAGUUCUGCACUAAGCAGAUGCAAGAGAACAUAUCCGAAGUCCCGAAUUUCGGAAGUAUCGAACUAUGCCGACGUUCCGAAUUUUGGAAUGCCAAACUGAAUAUUUUGCCCAUGCACAUCCCUAAUUAUUUAUAUCCACAAUUACUAUUUUGUGUCUCCAGUUUGUACAUAACCAUUUUUCUGUUUAGUGAUUUUUUUUUUUAAUUUUUUUUUUCUACCCAAAUAAAGGACAUUAAAUGACUGAAUCAACAUUCUCAUAUUUUGAGAUUACUGCCCAGUUUUACAUAUAUAUGUCCACUGGAUGAAUUAAAUACCUCUUUACUGGUACUGUAGACAAUCUCACAGCCUAGAAGCCAUACACAUACCAUUAUAGGCCAAGUCCAACCUGUGGUUUCUCCAUUUGGACAUGUUUUCAGGGAAUAGAAAAAGCCAUGCUGUUUCAAAGAGGUUGCUGUUCAUUAUAUCCUGUGAAAUUAGUGGUCAUGUUCACAUUUAUUUAUUUUUGCAGGUGUAGCCCACAGAGCAUUUGAGAAUGAUGUUGAUGCACUAUUAAACCUGCGUGAAUUCUUCAACUAUCUUCCACUGAGCAACAAGGACCCAGCUCCAAUCCGGGAGUGCUAUGAUCCACAGUGAGCACCUACGCUGAUGCAUAAUAUUCAGAGUGCUCUCUUCCAUAGAUGAGCAAUGCAGUCCUGUCCCCAACCAAUCUUUCAUGGAGAUUUAUCAAAAUGUCAUUCACACUUUUAUAUCUCAUUUUAACCAGUUAUUUGCACAUUUUAUUUAUUUAUUUCACUCACUGCUUUUUUGCACACUGGCCUUUUUAUUUAUUUAUUAAUUUUUUGAAUAUUUUUUUCAGCAACAGAUUUAUGAAUUUUCCUCGCCACUGUAAAUUUGGCAAUGGAAUUUUUUAGCAAAACAUUCAGAAUUCAUUAAAAAGAAAACACUAUAUUUGGAUCACUUUAAUAAAUAUGAAUUCAACCAUCUCUUUUUAUACCACAUUGUUUAAUAUCCCUCGUAGUGUCUGCAACAAAAAUCUAUCUAAAUCUUUUUUAAUUUAACUAACCUGAUUUAAAUUGAAAACAGGGGAUAUUUGGUAUCGAAAUCUGUCAUUGAUUCUUUUGUUUUCCCUUUUCUCCUCUCUUAGUGACCGCCUGAUACCGGGAUUAGACACAGUGGUUCCUAUGGAGUCCACUAAAGCAUAUGACAUGUUGGAUAUUGUUCACUCGGUAAUGUAAAUUAUCCAUAGCACUCCAAUGCAUUUUUAAUGUGUGUGCCUAAAACACCCCCACAGAUUUAUGCAAAUUCAGAAUCUAGAGUUGCACAUCUCGAGAAGGGCCAUUGGCACAUCGAUUCCAAGAAAUCACAUCUCUCCAAGCCUACCAAACUUUCCAGCUCAACGUGUUUGUCUGUGGUUAUUUGCAGGUCGAGCUGAGAGAAAUGUAAAAACAUGGUUUCUUAGUUACGGUGCCCAAGCCUGACUUUUUCCAGGGUUUUACUUGAGAUGUGUGUCUGUAUAAAAUAUAUAAUAUUUUAUAUAUUAUAAUAAAAUUUAAGGGAAAUUUGUUUUUAUAGUGUCUUCAGAACACCUUGAUGGGUUUUCUUACAAGACACUUUGUGUAUCUUUUCUGUUCCAUAUUUUCAGUUCAGGGUUAGUGGUAGUGUGUUAAGCGGGUGUCAGGAUUAGUAUUUAGUGUAAUGUAGAGGAAUUGAAUGCAUGUCCCAGUGCUGCCUGACAUUAGUGGAAGUUUAAAGUUCUGUGCAGUAGCUAUUCAGUUGCUGUGAUUAAUGUAUGUGUAUGUAUAAUCUUGGGUAAUGAGAAUUAUUUGCUCAUUAUUUAUGACAGCUGUGAUAUAAUCAGGACAGUUGGAGAGUUGUAGGUUUUUCUGAAUAUGGAUUUCGAUAUACAUCUAUUUGUCAUUCUGUUGAAGCACAGAUGGGGAAACCCAGCAGAUUUGGGCAGCAGUUGUUGGCCGUUCUAGUAAAUCAAUUAUUGCUUUUUUAUUUUUUAUCUUUUUUUCUUGCAACAUUACUUAAUGCCAAUGGGUACUAUAAAUUCCUUUCAUUCUCGCUUUUAAAAAUGGUGUACUCUUUUUUUACAAACCAAUAAUUUCAGCAGUAUUAUAGUUCUUAAAGUACUACUCCAAGCUCCAUGAAGUGGUUUUGGUACCUGGAGUGGUCCUUUAAGAGGAAGCUUACAUUGUCUUGAAGUUGCCUCUUUUCAGAGAGUGGCCAUGUUGGUGUGCUAAGCUUUUACUCACUGAGCUGUCAUUAAUUUAUUAUUUGCAAACAAUUGUCUUCACAGAUUGUUGAUGACCGAGAGUUCUUCGAGAUCAUGCCCAAUUAUGCCAAGAAUAUUGUGGUGGGCUUUGCCCGGAUGAAUGGAAGGACAGUUGGUAUAGUAGGAAAUCAACCAAAGGUGGCAUCAGGUACUAUGACAGUGUUUGAAUGUGCCCACCCCUAACUUGAACAAACAUCUAAGGAGACAUCAUUUGAAAAUGUGACUGGCCGACUGCUGAAUUGAUGGAUCAUUUUUAAAAAUGCCUAAUCUUUUUUAACCAUAGUUUUGAUUGUAUCCCUCUUUACAAUACCACUUUGAAAUGUUGGCAUGACUCCAUGAGAGCUAUGCAUGAGGUAGUGGGGACAUGCAGUAAUUGUACAUAAGGAAGCAUUGCGUCCCCUUAGUACAACAGUCAGAGGUAGACUUGUAGUUACAGCAAUCACACCACCCUCCCUCAUAGGCUCACUGUCCACUAUGAUAUUUUAUUAAGGGACAUACAUCACUUUGAGACAGUGAUCUCACCUGUGAAUGAGACACCAGUCUGCAGGCUGAACAAAUAAAAGUAAGCAAUUUUUUUUAAAUUUCUUUUUAUAUUUACCUGCUUAUUCAUUCUUAUGCUUUGCUUUCCACACAAACUCCAGGCGGACACUGACCGAACACAUCAGUGUUCUAUCUUUAGGAAUGCUGGAAAAAAGUGCAUUGGGCAUGCCUGACAGAUUUACAAAUGUGCAGUUAGAAGAUCUCCUCCACUCUUGCACAAUCCUGUCAGGGGGAGAAGAGAUGGAGUUUGGUCCGUGUGAUCAUGCAGACCAGGCUCUGGUGUCUGGUUUAUUUCUCCUCCUGAUUCUAUCAUUAGAUGACUGAUCCGAACUUCCAUAUUUUAUUAUAUACCUGUACUACAUUUAUUACAUACAUAAUAUUUAUGCCAUACUUUUCAAAGUUUUUCUGGCUUUAUUUUCAUUUGUGUGUUUGUGUAAAAGUAUAUACUUGUUUAAAAAUAAAAUACAAACAAAAAAUCCCCCCAAACUGUAAAGUGAUGCAUGUCCCUUUAACCACACACAUUCCUUUACAGCUACUUAUAAAUAGACAUAUGGAACGCUGAAUGAAUAGAAAGAUAUUUUGUUAGUUAUAACUCCCCGUUCUUUUUCCCAAAGGUUGCUUAGAUAUCAAUUCUUCUGUGAAAGGAGCGCGUUUUGUCAGAUUCUGUGAUGCCUUCAACAUACCGCUUAUCACUUUUGUUGAUGUACCCGGGUUUUUACCAGGUAAUGUAGAUCUGUAUAUUAGUUCCCAAACUUCUGAUCACAUUUCUAAAACAAGAAACCAAACAUCCAAGUUUACCCAUUUCAAAGAAGGGUUGCUAUGUCUCAUAUUUACCACAUAAAGUAGCAACUAUGUGUAUUCAUUUUAUGCAUUGCUUUGUAUAUAACAAUCAUUUUUUCUCAUGCUUUACUAUAUAAAAAAAAUGGUGGGUAUGUUUUGCUUGUUUCACUUGUCACUGUUGAGACUCGCACUUACACGUUUCUGUCAAUUAAGCGGAGGAGCCAAAAUCCCUUUGCACAUGAGAAUCAAUUGUCAAAAUUGAAAGUGGGUCUGUUCCCCCUCCCCCUCCCCCUUUCUUUUCUAAUGCCCCCUUUGUAUUCCUAGCACUAUAGCUCCCUCUGCUUUGGUGUCUUCCUAGGAAUAACAGUUUAUCUUUUCUACCUUUGGUGUAUCUCUCAUGGGAUACAAAGUGUGGUUUCUUACAGAGCCUGACUGCAACCUUGUGUGAUCAGUACAUUAAUACUUUGAAUUAUGCUGGUUUUAUUCAUUUUAAAUGCUGCUAUAAAAGAUAACUAUGCAAUGUUUUUCCUUUUUAUUAAAUGUCAAAAUCAAUAUUCAUAUUACCAUUUCUUGGAAUUGGAUAUCCAAGUCCACUUAUUUACUAUAAUUUCCUUUUUGGACUUUAAGUAACCAGUAUUUAUUUAUGUUUGGAAUUAAAUCAUGGUCUUAAUGGUUUUCUAUUUACCUCUCCCCUUCUCUAUGUGCCAGGUACGGCUCAAGAGUAUGGAGGCAUCAUCCGACAUGGAGCAAAGCUGCUAUUUGCCUUUGCUGAGGCCACUGUUCCAAAGAUCACAGUUAUAACCAGAAAGGUAAGUAUGACAUAUAAAAGAAAUUAUGUUGACUGGCACUCAUUUAAAUAUAAUGGUUGUAAGGUGGUAAUAUUUGGUAAUACACUUCUAGAUAAUGCAUUCCUGCUAUAUAUUUAGAUCCAGGUGAGCCAUUGUGUAGUUCUCUAAACAAAAGUAUCUUGAACUGCACCUCCUGUAAUUCUGUUUAAUAUUUCUAGGUAAAAACUUGUGAAAAGAAAUAUGCUCUUAAAAUGGGUCACCGGUCCUUAGAUUUGAUUACUUGGGAGUGUGAGUUCAGCUGUUUACUUUUUAUUCUCUUUCCCCCAAGGCGUACGGAGGAGCCUAUGAUGUCAUGAGCUCUAAGCACUUGAGAGGAGAUGUUAACUAUGCAUGGCCAACAGCUGAAGUGGCAGUCAUGGGUGCCAAGGUAAAUUAUCAUUUUUUUUUUUUUUUUUUCCAUGGCAAACACAACUUCUUAGCACUGAAUUCCAUUUUGGUUUUUCUAACCAUAACUAUGUUCUUUUGUGACAGCUACCCAUGGUGCACUACAUCCAGGAAUCUUUACUUGAUUGAGAUUAAGCCCCAUUACUAUUCCACAGGUUUUGCAGCGCAUACAUCUGCUAAUGUUACAAACCACAUAAAAACAGGUUGAGCUGAAUACUGUGUGCAUUAAGGUCAACAAAAAUAAUUUUAAAGAUCCUGACUUGGAAUCAUCCAGGCUUCAGUUGGUGAUGAGUAUAUUUAACAAAACAUCACCCACUAAAGACUGGACGAUUCUAUGUCAGGAUCUUCAAAAUAAUUAUUUUUAUUGGCCUUAAUGCACAUAGUAUUCGCUGCAACAUGUCUUUUUGUGUUCUGUAUCAUUUUGCUUCUUGUUAGUAAGGUGCUGGGAUAUUUCCUUACAUUCCAAUGUUUACAGCUUACAUUCGACUUUUUUGCGCAUAUCCUAUCUUUUUGUACAUGAUGCAUCUGUUAAUGCCAGAAUCAAGGCACCAUUUAUAUCAAUGCUUUUUCAUUUUGGCUUUGGUUGGCAUUAUGUCGAUUUUGAGUAAAAUUUUAGCAAGUAAAAGGAGAUGUGAGUUACCGCUUUACCCCACAAUAUGACACAGGUACCAGAAGCCAAGUUGCAGUUGCCAUGGUGAUCAGUGUUUUUCAAGUUGUAGUAGUCCACAUGUGCUUUUUGUGUUUUUUUUUUUUUUUUUAAAGCCUUUUGUGGACAAGUAAAUUUCCUUAAGCCAGUCAUAUGAUUAUAGUUCAGUAUUUUGACUUGUACCAUACAUUUCUCUGCUAGGGUGCGGUUCAGAUCAUAUUUCGUGGAAAACAGAACCAGGCGGAAGCAGAGGCAGAAUAUGUGGAGAAGUUUGCCAAUCCCUUCCCUGCAGCUGUGAGAGGUAAACACACAAGCCCCUAAAUAUCACGUUGUUCUUGGAUCCCCACUGUGAACAACUCUGACAUUAACUGAGAAAAACUUGCACGCUCAGCUUUUUCUCCAGUAGUGCUGCACGAGCGGAUAGCUGUGAGAAUUAAAUGGUUACUCCAAGCAGCAGGACAACUUCAGUGAUUUUAAGAGUUCAUGGUGCCUAGAGUCUGUACGUGAAGCGUUUUUCAGUGAAAUUUUAUAAACCAGAAUAUAGAUAAUCUUUAUGAAAUAAUCAGACUGACUGAUGAAAUUCCAGCUCAUUUAAAAGAAAUACUGAGACAAAGGAAAUGCUUUGUCUCAGUAUUUUUCUUCCGUCUGACAAGGUGGCGGUACUGUCAUAACCAGUGGCGGCUGUAAGGAAAUUGAGCUGCUGUACAGCUAUAUAUGUGCAAGAGUACAGCACUGAUGUCCGCUCCCAACAGUUAAAGAGGAGCGAUAAGAAGUGGUUUGGGUUGGUAAAUCUCAUCUUUCCCUGCACUCCCAUGUUGAUGUCACUGUCUAAGUCUUUACUAAAUAUGUAAACACGCCAGACAGUGACAAAGCAACUUCAAACAAUUAAUCUUGUUGUUUUCUCUUCUUUUAAUCAGGGUUCGUUGAUGACAUCAUUCAGCCAUCCACCACCCGCUUGCGCAUAUGUCGAGACCUUGAAGUACUUGCCAGUAAGAAGCUGGUGAAUCCUUGGAAGAAACAUGCAAAUAUUCCUCUUUGAUUUACGAGUUGACAGAUUCAAAUACACAUUCCUGUAUGGGACAUUAUGGCUUCAAAAUUCAGAACUGAUUAGUUUGUGUCAAACUACAAUGAAACACUAUCAAAGAUAUAAGGCAUGGCCCCAUACUGGUAUGUUGGUAACAUAUCUGUAUGGUGUAUAAUGUGACCUUUUUGGAAUUCUAAAUAAAUUGGAGAUUGUGAGAAAAAAAAAAAAAAUUGGCAUAUUGAUCUCCUUUAACUUAAAGUUUGAGAAAUUUACAGCCUUCACUUUUACCUGUUUCCUCUUCCUCUGCUUUAUUUAUCUUUAAAACCUAAAACAAAGUAGUCCUUUCUUUGUCUUAUGAAUUUCCUAUACUUGACAAAUGUGACAAAAAGGUGGAGCUUAGUCCUUUGUCAAGCUAACUUUCCUACAAAACUCACCUAUCACAUCCUUCCUCUCUUGCCUUGUGGCAGUGCCACAAGAUUGUAAAAUUUAAGGUACUAAGGGGUGAAAGGUUGGCAAACAAACACUGAUUGUGAACAUUGAGGAGGGGGAAGGCAUAAAAAGAAAUGUAUAUAUUAUCGUGACAGAGCCAGUUUAGAGGUUUUAUUCCAGAGAUCAAGUGACCCAGCUUGGCAAAGAUCGACAGUGUUAUUUAAUGGUAAUGGCAAAAUAAGUUAUUUAACUCUAAAGGCCAAUUAAUCAUCUCCUAGGCCGGGCUUUUUUUGUUUGUUUAAAAUAGUUUUCAAACUUGCCUUUAUUGCAGCUUUGGUACAGUCUUCUC